CCUACGGCUUCAUUCAUUCGGAUUAUAACAACUCCAUAAACGUAAGUGCAAGACGGAACUUAUUCUCAGACAGUACAGUGAGAUCAGGAGAGAGAGAGAGAGAGAGAGAGAGAGAGAGAGAGAAAGCAGGACAGCACUGCAGUUUCACUCCACUGGCUUUUUUCCAGUGGGGGAAAAAUUCUCUGAACACAAACACACCCAUUCGGGCGAUGCUCGUUUUCCCAGUCUGACAGCCAGGCUCUCUGAGGCUCUCUGACUCUGACAAUGGCGAAGAAAUCAGCUAACGGGGACCUCUCUCGCUCUCCGUCGCAGGAGAAGAAGAAGCCGAAGGUGGGUUUCGUGGGAGUGGAUGCCAGCGGCGCGGAGACGAGUCGGGACGGCGCGCUGCUGAUCGGGAGCGGGGAGAGCGCGCGCCGGAGCUCCAGCGGCAGGAUGGGGCUGUACAGGGCGCGUGCGAGCUUAGGCGGCGCGCGCGGGACUCACCGACGCAGCGCGGGCUACCGGAGACUGCAGAAUUUCCUAUACAACGCGCUGGAAAGACCGCGCGGCUGGGCGUUCGUGUACCACGCUUACGUCUUCCUGCUGGUGUUCUCCUGCCUUGUCCUCUCUGUGUUUGCUACUAUCAAGGAGUUCAAAAACAGCUCAGAAAAUGCCUUGUACAUUCUGGAAAUUGUGACCAUCGUGGUGUUCGGUGUGGAGUAUAUAGUGCGGCUCUGGGCUGCUGGAUGCUGCUGUCGCUACAGAGGAUGGAGAGGAAGGCUAAAAUUCGCUCGCAAGCCCUUUUGUGUUAUAGACAUCAUGGUGCUGUUUGCCUCUGUAUCUGUGCUGGCUGCUGGCUCACAGGGCAAUGUGUUCGCCACUUCAGCCAUUCGCAGUCUCCGGUUCCUACAGAUCCUCAGGAUGCUGCGCAUGGACCGCAGAGCUGGUACAUGGAAACUACUGGGAUCUGUGGUCUAUGCACAUAGCAAGGAGCUCAUUACUGCAUGGUAUAUAGGCUUCCUCUGUCUCAUCCUGGCCUCUUUUUUGGUGUACUCAGUCGAAAAGGAUAAUAAUGCAGAGAUGUUUGAGACCUAUGCUGAUGCUCUCUGGUGGGGGCUGAUUACUUUAACCACUAUCGGAUAUGGAGACAAGUUUCCUGUUACAUGGAAUGGCCGCCUAAUCGCUGCAACCUUCAGCUUGAUUGGCGUAGCUUUCUUUGCUCUGCCAGCAGGUAUUCUGGGCUCAGGCUUUGCUCUGAAGGUCCAGGAGCAGCACAGACAGAAGCAUUUUGAGAAACGGAGGAACCCUGCUGCAAGCCUUAUUCAAGCUGCCUGGAGAUUUUAUGCAACAAACCUCUCUCGAACGGACCUGCUAUCAACCUGGGAUUUUUACGAACAGACAGUGUCUGUUCCAAUGUACAGACUGAUCCCACCUCUCAAUCAGUUGGACCUCUUGCGCAGUCUGAAGGGCAAGUCUGGAUUCAGGAAGGAUUCACAUCCUGAAGGUCCUCCCAGUGAGAUUUCACACAAAGACACCCUCUGUGGGUGUUGCCCAAGAAGCAAUAGCCGGAAGCCAAGCAUUAAAGAAAAAGCAUUCACCAGCCCCUCUAAGAGUGCAGGGGGAAAGGAAACCAAAUCACCUGGAGCUGACGAUGGAGCACCAGAAAGUCCUAGCAAAGUUCCAAAGAGCUGGAGCUUCACUGAGCGAAACCGCUCCAAACACUCCUUUAAGAUGAAAGAGGGUCGGGCCUCAGAAGUGCUGAUUGAGAUGCAGGAUGAAGACAUCGGAAAGAAGAGUUCUCCAGCAAUUGAGGGGUUGAUCAAAGCGAGUCUUCCUGAGGACUUUGGCGAUGAUAGAACGUAUGAAUUUAUGCAAGAUAUGUCUCCUGCACUGAAAGCAACUAUAAGGGCAAUCUGUAUCAUGCGUUUCCUGGUGUCUAAGAGGAGGUUUAAAGAGAGCUUGAGGCCAUAUGAUGUAAUGGAUGUGAUUGAGCAGUAUUCAGCAGGCCAUCUGGACAUGCUGUCUCGUAUCAAGAACCUGCAGUCCAGGAUUGAUUUGAUUGUGGGCCCCCCACCCCCUUCGACCCCUCGCCAUAAGAAGGUGGACCAGAUAGUGGGGAAGGGAGUAUCAUCAGGGGAAAAGGAGAAACCCAAGAGUGAGACCGCUCAGGAAAAUGACCCCAGCAUGAUGGGCCGAUUUGUCAGGAUGGAGACUCAGGUGGUUGCGAUGGACCGCAAACUAGACUUCUUGGUGAAUGUAUACACCACACGCAUGGGUAUUCCACGCUCUGAAACUGAGGCUUUGCUGGGCUUCAAGAUGGCUGAUCCAGCACCACCUUACCACAGCCCAGAAGACAAGAGCGAGAAGGUGCAGGACGAGCAGGAGGAAAAGAAGAGCCCAGAACCCAGCCCAACUGGGAUGCCUGUCAACAGCAUGUGCCGCCCAUCUACAUCCUGGGAUCAGCAGAACGAGCAACCACUUAAUGUACCUCUUUGGAAUAAUAGCCGUGGGGCAUCUCCAGGUACUGAUGAUCCGUCUCUGUACCGCAUUCCACCCCCACCAACACAUGAAAGUGGAGAAUGCGGACGCCAAAGGCGACACAGACGCACACGGCCAAACACAGGUGUUGACAGCGACACGUCUCUGUCCAUUCCUUCAGUGGACCAUGAGGAGUUAGACCGCUCAUUCAGUGGCUUCAGUAUCUCACAAACCAAGGAGGAAGAUUUGCUUCCUCCAGUGAAUCUUGGACUGUUUGGGGGAGGAAGAGGAGUGGUGUUCUGCACUCGCAUCAGACCUUACCUGGCUGAAGGGGAAUCAGACACAGACUCAGAGCUUUACACACCUGGUGCUCCUUCACCUUUAUCAUUUACAGGAGAAGUGGCAUUCGGAGACAGGGGCUGGCCAGGUCUGAAGUAAAAAAAAAAGCCUAAAAGAGCCUUCAAAUCGCAACAAGAGCCUUCAGAUCCUGAGUGGAUAAUAUCAACAAAAACUUAAUCAAAGUUUUUCAUUGUCAUUAAUGCAUGAGGAAUUAAAAAAAAUUAACACAUUUGGAACCCAAUGAAUAUGAUGCACUCAAUGGACACUUGUUAUUUGGUAUGGCUAUAUCAUGUUCAAAAUUAUCAUACUGCUUUGGCACAAGAGUGUCUUCAACAAAGAAAUGUAAUACUUUGUGGCCUCUUAAAUUAAGAAAUCUGCCUUGUUUGCACACUUACAAAACUGAGUUUUCAUGUGAGCAGGUUUUGGCAUGAGUUAUAAGUCUCAUGUGUGAUUUGUUUGUACUAAUGUAGUAUAGAUAUGGUACCAAUGCUUAUUACCAAGGCAAUAUUAGAAGCACUUUACUUAUUAAUUGUACAUACACAAUAAUAAUUAAUGAUAGUAUGCCUGCUUUUGCUCUUAUUUAAUUUAUUUUUUAUUUCUUUUAUAGAAAAACAUAAGGGACUGUAAUGAUAAACAUACAUAACAGCAAUGUAUGAAAUUGUGUGACAUAUUUAAUGGAAACUGUUGCUUUUAAACAAAAAAGAAAAUAAAACAACAACAACAACAACAAAAGAUGACCCCAACCAAAGAUGCAGAGAGAGCACUUCUGAGCACGAUUUACAUUUACACAUUUUUACUUCCAUCUGCAAUAUAUUUAUAAACUUAGCAUGAACUUUAUUUUUAUUGAUACAUUUACAGGAGUUUUUACAAUACAAAUGUUUACAUUUUACAUUCAAUUAAAUGUUUAUUAUAAUCAUUAACUUGAGAGUCCAUAAGCAUCACCAUGCCUUUGGAAAUUCCAAUGUGGUUAAUAUUUCAUCGAAGGUUAAUUAAUUAACAACUACAUUUGUGAUAUUUAUUGUUUAAAAAAACUGUAAAAUGUAAUGGUUAACAGGCGUAGGCAUUAAUUGGCAGCUUGUGAUGUAUACCAACAUUCCACAUGAGGCAAAAGCAACAUUAUUAGCUUGAACAUAUAUGUAAAUCUUUAAAGAAGAUGAAGCUAUGGAGAGCUAUUGGUGUGAAUUGGCAGUGCAGGAGCAAGAAACGUAUCACAGCUUCAAUCCACAUGAGAUAGAUAUUGGCUCUUUUUUAAUGGCACGACUACUCAUACUGCUUUAUUAAAGACCCCCAAAAUAUUUUUGUUAAAGUAUAAAUGAGUACACUAAAUGCAUGGCAUGUUUAGAGGAAUUUGACUCAAUUGAUAAUGGCAAUACAGGAUUCUAUGCCAGUAGAGGAAAUAAAUUAUAAAAACAUUCUUGCAUUCAGCUAAAAUCUUUCCCUUGAUGCCCAAACUGAUGACAAAAAAAACAUGCCCGAGUUGUUACUUUGUGGUGAGACGAAAAAAAGAUCUUUUUGUACUAUUCAAAAGGGUUUUUGUAGAGCAUGUUGGAAGUCUGCAAUGUUACAGCAAAUAAAGUUGGUCAGAUUUAAA